GGUCAGCUGCAGAAAGGUCAGACACACUGUAUCCAAGAUGGCGGCCUCCUUGUGUCAGUGCUACCAGCUCUGUGUGGCGCGGAGUUUCCGUGUCCUGUCCGCACGAUCCUACCUGUCCUCCUUCAACAGAGCCCACGUGUACAGGAUAUGCAGGCCACCCACAGCACUGCCACAGGUGCAGUACUCUUCGCGCGGCGGGGGGCGGAAAGGCUUCCUGUCCGAGUUCGUGGACAGCGUCAAGCAGGAGCUCAACAAGAACAAGGAGAUGAAGGAGAACAUCAAGAAGUUCAGGGAGGAGGCCCAGAGACUGGAGGAUUCAGAUGCACUGAAGCAAGCCCGGCGGAAAUAUAAAACGAUUGAAUCAGAAACAGUGAAAACAUCAGAGGUGCUAAAGAAGAAAUUUGGAGAGCUGUCGGAAACUGUGAAGGAGAGUCUGGAGGAGGUGGGCCGCUCAGACCUUGGGAAGAAGAUCAAAGAGGGGGUGGAGGAGGCAGCCAAAACAGCUAAACACUCAGCCGAGUCUGUGAGCAAGAGCGGAGAGAAACUGGGCAGGACCGGAGCCUUCCGAGCCAUCUCUCAGGGAGUGGAGACUGUGAAGAAGGAGAUUGAUGUCCUGGGACAGACAGGCUCGUACCGCCCCCCUUCCCGGCUGAGGAAGAGGACCGAGUUUUUGGGGAAGUCUGGAUCUGCGGAGGACAAGGUCUUCGAACCCAAUGAAGAAGCCAUGGGGGUCGUGCUGCACAAGGACUCCAAGUGGUACCAGCAGUGGAAGGACUUCAAAGACAACAAUGUGGUUUUCAAUAGAUUCUUCGAGAUGAAGAUGAAGUACGAUGAGAGUGACAACGCUUUCAUCCGUGCCUCCCGGGCCGUCACGGACAAAGUCACAGACAUGAUAGGCGGGCUAUUUUCCAAAACGGAAAUGUCCGAGGUUCUGACGGAGAUCCUCAAAGUGGAUCCCACGUUCGAUAAAGACGUGUUCCUGAAGCAGUGCGAGCAGGACAUUAUCCCCAAUAUCCUGGAGGCUAUGAUCCGAGGAGAGCUGGAUAUCCUGAAGGACUGGUGUUACGAAGCUACUUACAGCCAGCUGGCUCACCCGAUCCAGCAAGCCCAGGCCAUGGGACUGAUGUUCCACUCCAAGGUCCUGGACAUUGACAACAUUGACCUGGCCCUGGGGAAGAUGAUGGAGCAGGGCCCGGUGCUGAUCAUCACGUUUCAGGCUCAGCUGGUCAUGGUGAUCCGCGGCCCCAAGGGAGAGGUGGUGGAGGGAGACCCGGUGAGUGGGUUGGGUUGGGUGGAUCAUUUGUUCAGGGCUGCCCAUUUUGAUUAAUUAACAGUUCAUGAAGUCUUUUCUCAACUUUUUGAGGCUUAAAAGUUUUCCUUUUCAAAGAACUCUGGAAUUGUCUUUAAAAAUUCACUUGAUUAAUCAGUGCUUAAAAUAUAUAUAAAAAUGUAAAAAUGGGAAUGAUCCUCUAACCCUGUAACCCUCUAAAACAGUUGAAUAAAGGUCCAUACACAGCAAACUUAAUUUAAAAUAUCACAGAAUAUGAAAGAAAAACUGUGCCAGAAAUAUUAACAGUCCUUUAAGUUCUGUGAAUAGGGCCCCAGGUCUCUUAAUUAAUCAGCUCUGCCUCUCAAGUUCUUAAUGAGAAGAGGCAGUCCAGAUCGGUGGCAAAUUAAGUGGAUAUCUGCAGAGUGUUCUGUGGGAGCAUCUGCUGCGUUUAGUGUUUGUAUUAAUAAUGGCUUCUAAAAAUAUAAAUCAAGUAGACAAAAUCAAAUCAAACAAUGUGUGGGUUAGGUAUUUCCAAUGUAAUAUAUCAAGCGUUUCUGUCAGUAAAAUCCGUUACGUGCAGAUUCGGAC